AUGGAUACACGAGACACGACUCUGACAAAACCCACUCAAACCUCUUCGGCGACUCAACCCCGGGCCACCUCAAGAACAACUCAAACCACUUCGACUUCCGGUACUGGACCAGGUACAGGGACUGUCACCCCGAACCCUGUUAGACCGCCUAGGAAUCCUGCUCGUUUGCCUGGAAGUGCUCCUGCAACCGUGACUGCACUCGCUGUUGGGAGUCCCGUCACUUUGCCUGGCGUUUCGUCCGCUGUUGGUUCCGUUUUUCCUGGUGUUUCUCCCGCUGUUGGUUCCGUUUUGCCUCGUGUUUCAGCCGCUGUACCUCCCGCCGUUUCGCCCGCUACUACCAUACCGUCAGGAAGCCACCGCGACGCAGGAGUCGUACUCCCCGUUCCUCAUCAGCCACAGUCUCACACUCAGGCUACUACUCUGCUCCCUCAGACUCAGAAGCAGUCGCAGGCUCCUGUCAGGCCGCCUAGGAGUGCUGCUCGAGCGCUUGUUGGAUCACCUACUACUACGAUCGCGAGUUCAACUUCUGUUCGACCGCCUAUGAGUGCUCCGGAUCUGAAUCAUGAUGGCCCACCUUCGGCGGGUCCUCCCGUUCGACCGGAGAGGAGUCAAGCCAGGACUCAGCGGCCUCAUGGAAGUCACGGUGGACAUGGUGAGGAGGGUGUGGAGGGGAGGGUGUGA